GCGCGCGCGGCGAAGUGAAAAGGGAAGGUAGCAAAUGAUCGGUGCACGCGUAUGGUGGGUGGUGGGAGUGAAACUGUUGGCGAAGAUCGGCGGCGAAGGGCUGGCUCGCUCGCUCGAGGAAAACAAGUUCAUCAAAGUUCACGGAGUAACGGCUCGCGUACGGUUUUCGCGUAGUACAGUCGAGAGUGCGAGGUCUCGUGUAGAUUUUCUCCUUGAUCAACUCCCCUGCCCGUUCGUUUAAUCGACUGACUGUGGUGUGCGCUACACUUGACUUGACAUAAGACGCGAGAGAAUGUUGAACGCAGAGAUACGUGAAUAUAGCGAUCGCCAGAUGAGAUCUCGACCGACUUUGAGAGUUUUGCGAGGAAUUGCCAAGUGAUUCGGAGGGAAGUCUGAAGUGAAGCGUGAGUGAUUUGUCAGGGACUUUGAAGACUGGCUGAUUGUGGUGCUCGCUGUCAGCUCUGCCGCGUGAAAGGAGAGGCAGUCGCAGAUAUAGGAAGUCCAGGGUGGGCACAUCGAGCGUGCGUAUGCUGCAAUAUCUGGAUUGGACUUUGCGAAUGGGGACACCACGGAUAUGUCAUUGAAACACUAUAAGAAAGGAAAAAAAACUCGCGUCCAAUUCUCAGGUUGACGUAUGAAUGUAGUCGCAAUCACAGGGACACGCGCCUCGUUCGUGAAUAUUUCGAACAAGAUGUCAACGACCACCGAUGUUAGUGAUUUGGCGGAUGUCCCCAAGGAAGGAACGCCAAUCUUUUUGCAAACACGCGCGGCCCAAGUCAUCGCUGGUAUAUUCGUGUGGGUGGCGCUUUUUCUCACUUGCCAACAGAUUUAUCAGCAUCUGAGGUGGUACACAAAUCCCACCGAGCAGAGAUGGAUAGUACGAAUUCUCUUCAUUGUGCCCAUCUAUGCCAUAUAUUCCUGGGUAUCGCUGUUGUUCUUCAACAGCGAAAGUUACUAUGUUUACUUCUUCACUGUGCGAGAUUGUUACGAGGCGUUUGUUAUAUAUAAUUUUCUGUCGCUAUGCUACGAGUACCUAGGUGGUGAAGGCAAUAUUAUGUCGGAAAUCAGAGGCAAACCGAUACGUUCCAGUUGUCUCUAUGGCACUUGUUGCCUAGUCGGAAAGACAUACACCAUUGGUUUUCUGAGAUUCUGCAAACAAGCCACCUUACAGUUUUGCUUAAUUAAACCAGUGAUGGCUUUUGUCAUCAUAUUCUUGCAAGCCUUUGGCCAUUACAGAGAUGGAGAUUGGUCCCCUGAUGGUGGUUACAUUUACAUCACUAUAAUUUACAACAUCAGUGUAUCACUUGCGCUAUAUGGGCUGUUUUUAUUUUAUUUCGCUACAAGAGACCUGCUGACGCCGUUUGAGCCUGUGCUCAAAUUUUGUACGGUGAAGAGUGUGAUUUUCCUGUCAUUCUGGCAAGGUGUUUUAUUAGCCAUUUUGGAAAAGGCAAAUGUCAUUUCUCCCGUUAUAAACAGUUUGGGUCAAUCAACAAGCGCUGGUACAGUCUCUGCUGGUUACCAAAAUUUCCUUAUUUGUAUCGAAAUGCUGUUUGCUGCUAUAGCUUUACGCUACGCAUUCCCAUAUCAAGUAUACGCAGCUGGCUGUGUUACUGAUUCCAGGGGUAGAAGCGUGACGAUGCAAAGUAUCAGUAGUAGUUUGAAGGAAACAAUGAAUCCAAAAGAUAUUAUGACCGAUGCCAUCCAUAAUUUCCAUCCACAAUACCAACAGUAUACGCAAUACAGUGCCGGAGGCCCGAAAGGACAUGCGAGACAUGGUAUGCGAGUAUCCAGCUUCGAUCCGGACGAUCCGCAAAACAUGCCGGUACCACCGCCGCAAAGGCGAAACACCUCUCAUCAACGCGUCGCCACAAUUUCGCAAAACUAUAACGAGAAAACGAUGUUGCUGAGCAGCGACGAUGAAUUUCAAUAAGGCAUAUGUGAUUUCAGUUCGACUCUUGUACCGAUCAACGUUGCAUUGCCGUGCGUGAAACUUCCAUAAACUUUUACAGAUUUGCUUUUGGAGAAGAAGAAAAAGAAAGAGAAUAUUAAAUAAAUAAUAAAAUAACGUUCACAGAAAAUAUACGGGCUGAAAUUUAAAAAGAAGAAAAGGAAAAGAAAGAAUGAAAAAACGCGUGGGAUGUAAGAACGUAUUACGUCGCACACUGUAAUAGUUCCAUAAUGUUACAUCCAUGUUAAUAUAUGUAUUAUGUUAUAACAUAUAUGAGUAAAUGGUAUAUAGAAGAUAUUUAUUUUACUAUGCUGAGAUGUAUUUGAGGCAAUGUGUUAUCUAUAUACCUGUGGCUCUAUACUAUGACACUGUAAAGGAUAUUAGCUGCACGAUAAAACUUACACAUCUUGCGGACAAGCAAAUGUAAUUGUGUAUAGUACUUAAUUUUAUGCGAAAUCGACACGUUCUUCGAUUAUAAUUGUUCAUGAUACAUCUAUGUAUAAAUGUCGACGCUUCUUUACACUUUUGUAUUCUUUUUUAUUUACGUAUUGUGUUUUGCGAAUUUAGACUUUUUUGCUCGUAUUUGUAUAAGAAGCCUCGAGCCACACAAAAGCGUCUUUGCGUCCUUGUCUAAAGUCCUGUAAAAUUAUUCCUUUGAUCUGCGAAAAAAAAUUCUCGUACGUGUAUAUAUCAUUAAAAUAGAUUAUAUCUGAAAAUGCAAAAGUUGACGAGUUUUCUUUCAAUGUAAGCCUUUCGAAAAAGAGGUAAUAACACUAUAUGCCAGAGAAAAUGCAGACAAUUAACGAGUGUUGUGUCGAAUAUGAAUAAACAUUUGGUAUUUGGUAUCUCUAUAUGUACACAAAUUGUGUAUAAUGCUUAUAUUUUUUUUAAAGAAAUAUAACAGACGAUCAGAGUUAAGGAGCAAAGAUCUAUUUUAUACGACCGAGCACACUGUAUCGAAAAUAUUUCGUCGCCGUUGAAAACGAAAGGCAAGAGAAAACAAGUAAAUCUGUGAACAAAUUUUAUUGUCCUAUUACAUCUCGUAAUAAAAAUAAGAGACAACUA